GGGGCCGGGACAGGGUGUGGGGGCCCCUCCCGCGGACAGCAUCAACUCCGCGCCUUGGCAGACGGCUCACUUGGGCUCGGCGCGCGCCCUGCGAGGUUGCGCUGCGUUCUCAUUUCACUAGUGAGGAGACUUAGGCAGAGAGGCGAAGACAUUAGUCCAAGGUCACUCAGCUGGUAAGUGGGAGCGCCCAGCAUUGGACUCUCAGCACCGGCCCGCUGCGGAACCUGCAUUCCACCCACCCCGCCGCCGCCUCCUGCGGGAGGGGGAGGUGGUCGGCAGGGCUCGUCGUCGGGACCACCGGGUCUCCAGGCUGGGUGCGACCACUAGCCCUGUGAAUGACCUCGGGCUUAACCUCUCCACCGCACUGGGCCUUGUUUCUCCACCUGUGAAAUGAGGUAAUGCCAGCCCUGCGACUCCUCGUCGGCGUGCACGGAGCAUCGAAGGAGAUAUGCAUGUGAAAUAUGAAUAGAGUUGCACUGAGCACACUUAAAGACUUAGGGUUUCUGUUUCAAGGAAUGGGAGAAGAGGGGCAGAAUGGGGAAGAAUACCAGAGCAGUCACACGGGAUUUUUUUUUUUUUAACUUCAGGCCCUUUGGAUGGGGAGUCAGACUUCCCCUGCUCGGCUGUCUGGUUUGCUGCUCAUCCCGCCAGCACAGCCCUGUUGUUUGGGACCCAGCAAGUCCGGGAACCGGCCCUUUGGAGGAGGCCCUGUGCAAGGCCUUCAACGGCUUCUGGAACAGGCACGGAGCCCUGGGGAGCUGCUGCGAUGGCUGAGCCAGAACCCCACCAAGGUGCGAGCCCAUCACUAUCCUGUGGCACUUCGUCGUCUGGGCCAGCUCUUGGUGUCUCAGCCUAGGCCCUCUCCUGUGGAGCAGGCCACACUGCAGGACUUGAGUCAGCUCAUCAUCCGAAACUGCCCCUCCUUUGACGUUCACACCAUCCAUGUGUGUCUACACCUUGCAGUCUUACUUGGCUUUCCAUCAGAUGGACCACUCCUAUGUGCCCUCGAACAGGAGCGAAGGUCCCGUCUCCCUCCAAAACCACCUGUCCCACAUCAGCCUGCUGUCUAUGGUCAAAGGUUGGAAGUGGCCCUGAGCUGCCCCCGUUUCCUGCAUUAUCCUCGUCAGCAUCUGAUCAGAAGCCUGGCAGAGGCAAGGCCAGAAGAACUGACUCCUCAUGUAAUGGUGCUUCUGGCUCAGCACCUGGCCCGGCACCGGUUGCGGGAACCCCAGCUUCUGGAAGCCAUUGCUCAUUUCCUGGUGGUUCAGGAAGCACAGCUCAACAGCAAGGUGGUACAGAAGUUGGUCCUGCCCUUUGGGAGGUUGAACUACUUGCCCCUGGAGCAGCAGUUUAUGCCCUGUCUUGAGAGAAUCCUGGCUCGGGAAGCAGGGGUGGCACCCUUGGCGACAGUCAACAUUUUGAUGUCACUGUGCCAGCUGCAGUGCUUGCCCUUCAGAGCCCUGCAGUUUGUCUUCUCCCCCAGUUUCAUCAACCACAUCAAUGGCACCCCUCCUUCUCUGAUCGUGCGACGCUACCUCUCUCUACUCGACACGGCUGUGGAGCUUGAACUCCCAGGAUACCAAGGCCCCCGUCUUCCCCAAAGGCAUCGAGUGCCCAUCUUCCCACAGCCCCUCAUCACUGACCGUGCCCGCUGCAAAUACAGUCACAAGGACAUGGUAGCUGAGGGGCUGCGGCAGCUGUUAGGGGAAGAAAAAUACCGUCAGGAUCUGACCGUACCUCCGGGCUACUGCACAGACUUUCUACUCUGUGUGGGUAGUUCUGGUGCUGUGUUACCUAUGAGGACACAAGACCCCUUCCUGCCCUAUCCACCACGGUCCUGCCAACAGGACCAGGCUAACUUUAACUCCACAACCCAAGACCCUACCCAAAGGGUGGUGCUGAUGCUGCGAGAACGCUGGCAUUUCUGCCGUGAUGGCAGGGUGCUCCUGGGCUCUCGGGCCCUGAGGGAGCGGCACCUGGGCCUAAUGGGCUACCAACUCCUGCCGUUGCCAUUUGAAGAAUUGGAGUCUCAGAGAGGCCUGCCCCAGCUCAAGAGCUACUUGAGGCAGAAGCUCCAGGCCUUAGGUCUUCGCUGGGGACCUGAGGGUGGGUGAGGGAAUAUACACGGGGCUCAGGAUGGAUCCCCUAUGGGGAGGAGGGUGGACAAUUUGCACUUUGGCUCCCUGUUAUUUUUUCAUUAAAAUUCCUUUCCUUCCUGAU